CUUAGCGCGAUCAUAACACGCGUCUGUCCUCGUUCUAAUCAAUUCGCGCCCAAAAAUAAACUCUAAACUCAUCUGUCAUUUGUGUUGUGAUUUGAAAGUUCAUUUUCUUCAUCUACGUUAUAUCUACUCUGUGCUAGUUCACUGUGAUCGUGCUAAAAAGGGGUGUUUACACGGGCCAAGCGAAAGCGGUCAUGUAAAUUGUGUUACAACAGAAUAUAUUUCUGUAUUUAUGUUUUCUCGUGUUUGCAUCAAUGAAAAUAAGUGCCAGUGAUGAAAUAUGUUCUAAGUCGAGCUAGAACAUGACCGUAUGAAUCUGAAUACAUAUUACAUUUAUGUAAACGAAUUCGGACAUCGGAAAGUCUGAGUCAUAUAUUGCUGAAUGUUUGGUAGCCUGAUGAAGGACCACCGAAUGGUCCGAAACUAGUCCGCACCCACACCAAUAAAACGAUGCCAGCGCUCCGAUUGCUGGGGCGAAAAUGGCUUGCCGCCUCCGACGACCUGGUCUUUCCAAGUAUAUUCGAAUUACUGUUCCGGUUCGUAUGGUUAGUACUAAUCGCGCUGGUAGUGGAGGUGCUGUAUCCGGUAUCAUGGCAGUGCCAGACGGAGGGAUGGCACGGCGGUUCGUUCGUGCGGCUCUACCUGUGUGGGACACUCGCGUUGCAGGCCUGCCUGAUGCUGUUACUGUCUGCACUGGCGCAGCAGUCAGCUAGAGGAACCAUAACAGACACAGAUACACGAAAACUUGUGUCUCCUUUAUUAUUAUUAAAAGUAUGUUUGGUGAUACCAGAAGUAGCCCUCAAUGUGAUGGGUACAAUGUGGAUGUUCUGUGACGUCAUAGAGUGUGCCGUUCAAGAUAGGUUCUCAACUAUUGUUAUACAAAGUAUUGUACUGUUCAACUGGGUGCAAUUAGGGCUAACAAUAUUCGGAUUGUUCAUGGUGUUUGACCCUCUGGGAUCUGUCAACUAUGAUGACAUGCAAGAUACUCCCAAUCAGGCGAGGCAUCACAGGAAGGUCACUGGGCUGUGGUCGAGGCGGUUUCGAUGGGUUUUCUGCUGGCUCAAACGAGAUGAACAUGGGAAGGAAGCUUUUCAACAAGUGGCAGCGUUACUAAGUGCACUGUUCAGGUCGACAGACCUAGUGCCAUCCGACGUUGUGGCUGGCUGCGUUCUUCUCAGGGUGCGGCAGAAGCGAGAGACCAGAGAGAUGCGGAGAAUACAAAUGCUAAAUGACGAAGAACCGAUUUACACCACGGACGUGAACAAAGUUUUCUCGGAGACACCUCCCUGGAUGAACCUUGACCACGCUCUGUAUUACCUGAAGCUUUCAAUAGCAGCGUAUGGCUGGCCCUAUGUUAUAUACAGACAUUGUUUCACUGGUUUCUGCAAAUUGGCGCGCCAUUUGACAUGUUGUUGCUGCAGGCCAAAGAGUUCCAUUGUGACGGAUGACAACUGCUGCCUUUGUAAUUUCGCUGGUGUCAAAUACAUGUCCAAGCUGUCAUCGGAUGACAUAAUAUUUGCAUCAUUCAACAACCGGGUCUUUGAGCUGCCAUUCUGCGUGAUCACGGACCAUGAUCGAGAGAGCAUCGUGGUGGCCAUCCGAGGGUCCAUCUCCCUCAGUGAUAUCUUCACUGACUUCACUGCUGGCUCCGAGAAGUUCGAGGCUGAUGGUUUACCAGAAGACACAGCUGCACACAAAGGAAUGUCGAUGGGUGCCGCCAAAAUGCUAAGACGACUUACGCCUGUGCUGGAACGGGCAUUCCAUCAGUUUCCUCAUUAUGAUCUAGUCCUAACAGGUCACAGUUUAGGAGCAGGAGUGGCUGUGUUAGUUGCCUUGAAACUGCGGCCGAGAUACCCUCAUUUAAAAGUGUUUGCCUUUUCCACUCCAGCGGGACUUAUAAGUCGGGAGGCUGCUCGCUUCACGGAGAGCUUUGUGUUGACAGUGGGAGUUGGUGAUGAUCUGGUGAUGAGACUCAGUGUGCACAGUAUUGAAAACUUACGAACAAAAGUCAUACAGACGAUACAUGCUACUAAGGUACCGAAGUACCGCAUCAUGUUGAAUGGUUUUGGAUAUGCUUUGUUCGGCGUGCCUGCCCGCGACCUGGAGUCCACGUGGCGGAGGCCCGAGGACCUGGAAGCAAACAACUCCGACGACUCGACGGACGCACUGCUGGUGCAGACAGUGUCCACCGUGAGUGCUGAGGCAGCGCUAGUAUCGCGGGAUGUAUUCGCGCGUCGGUUCUCCUCAGCUCGACUAUUCACCCCGGGAAGAAUACUGCAUAUUGUUCGAAGAAAACGCAUGGGAAUUGAAAACACGGAAACUGAAGAAGAAAGAAAAGUGCGUAUACAAGAACCAACGUAUGAGAUGCGGUGGGCUUGUCCGGAAGACUUCAUCGAGCUCCAAGUGAUGCCGCGCAUGUUACUUGAUCAUCUACCUGAGAAUGUAUACCGUACAAUUGAAACUAUUGUGACUGAAAAACACCAUUAUAGGGGUAACGUACUGUAGAUACAUUCAGCAAUGAAAUCCGACACCCGAAUCUUUUGAAACUGUCUGUCAUUGACUACAUGGCUGUAUUUCUACGUGUGUAAAAUAUGAAUCUCUUAUUUUCGGGCUUGCCUCAGAAUUUAUAAUAUUAAUUAGGUAUAAUUUAUAAUAUUUUUAUUAGCGUCUGUAUCUCGUAACUAUUUUAUUAUAUUUGAUCAAAUCGAGAAAACAAAUGUAUAAUAUGAUGUAAUAAUGCAUAAUAUAGAUGGACUUGAAGAAGAAGUUAAGAGUCAACGACGUUAAAAGCGAAGCAUUUAUGUGCAUUAUCCUUUAAAUAUUAGUAAUAAUUUACUGCACUGUUUAAUCGGUAUAAUGUAUUGAAUAAUAUAGUACCUACGGUCAAACUGAAAGAGAUAAAAUUAUAUACCUACUACGCUAGAGAAAAUGUGACGCGAAAUGGGUUAUUAUCCGAAAUUUUGCAAUGUUAUGUACAGAAUAUAACACAUUGCGUUUCUGAAUUAGUGGUAAAUUCUGACUUUAAAUUUGUAAAUUCGAAUUUUUUCGUAUCUACUCAGAUCAUUAUAGCAAGAUAUUGUUUUAUUGAAAUGUAAGUUAUUGAUUGCGAACAACAAACGGUCACUUUUUUAAAUUUUAAAUGUAUUUAAUUACAUCGCCAGGGCCGUUUUUUAUCAUAAUAUUAAUAUUAUAUAUUGUACCUACAUGGUAGUAUAGUGCCCGCGUACGUUAUAAUUGACUGAAGAACUUAAAUAUUGGCAAUCGCGAAUGACUGUCUAAAGGACCCUUAAUAUGUGUAUCGGUAAUUCAGGUCGAUAGGAACGAACGUAAAUACAUUGGACGUUGGAUUGAGAAUAUUUUAUACACCUUCACUCUGCUUUACGAUGGUGUAAUAUGAUAAAGUAAUAAUAUUUUGUGAAUCUUUUGUAAAUAUGUAGUGAUUAAAUUUGUAAAUAUUUAUAUAUUAUUUUAAUAUUUUAUGUAGGUAUGUGAUUGACGAACAAAAUGUGAGACUGUGAUGAUGUUAUGAUAAUUUUAUAGUUUCAUAGACGCUAAGAUUCUAAUGUAAAUAUUAUUUUAAGAUUAAUUGUUAUGACAAUUGUCAACGGCCGGUGCAAAUGUAGUGUUUUAAAAAUAUACCACGUAUUUAGCAAAUCUUUUUUUUUAAUGUUUGUGACAUGUUUUAGGCUUUUUGACUUUGGGUAAAUAAAAAACUGUCAGAUGAUUUAUUUAUUUUUUGUUAUUUCGUUUUAUAUUUCUGAAGCUUAAAGUAUCCACAGCAUGUAUUUUAUAAUUACCAUGUAUGUAAUAGGUAUAAUAUAUAUCACUUAUAAUAUACUUAGUUACUUAAUAGGCUCAAUAUAUUUUUAUUUAUUUCAGUAAGAGUUUUGGACUUAUCAAAAUUAAUUUGCUCAAAAUACAAAGCAAUUGUGGUGUAAGAUAUAUUUAUAUUUUGUUUUAAAAUGAUUCAAGUACAAUUAGUAGAAUUGUAAUCAGUGUUACCGGUGUCAAUUAAUAACUAAGCAUGUAAAAUGUAUUAUAUUAGAAUAAUUAUGUAAGCAUAUCGUAGUAUUACAAAUUGAGAAUUGUAUUUACCUAGAAAUAGUUUUAGAGAUAUAUAUAUAUAUAAACUUACAUAAUGGGGCCGAAAAGAAUUGAACUAGGCAGACUGUCUAGAGCUUCUCCUUGUUGCGUCGUAUUAAUUGUACCACAAAUCCAGCACUCACCAUAUAUUCUUAUUAUUCCUAUUGCUAUAUCCCGGUAGACUCGUUAGAGACACUGGUGUGCAGAAGACACGUAUGGGCACCUACCUAGUAAAAGAAAAUCGAUAGAAUGACAUCAAAUUUAAUUUCAAAUAGUCACAUAUUGAACAUCGACUACCAACCAUUCGAAAAUGUAUGCCUUAGACCUUGAGAAGAACGAAAGAAUAAAUCUCAACAGGCUUCUUGUUUCUAAAAAAAUAUAAAAUUAUAUUGCAAUAAAAUUUAUUAUUACAAUAGCCCGAGGGCGGUCGCUCCAUUCCAAAUGACACGUAAACGUCUUUUAACAAUUCUUUUGCAUUUCGUAACACAUUUUGUUUAACAUUUUCUCAUAUCAUGUUGUAAAUGCAUAAUAUAGGUACAUCGCCCAACAAAAGAUUUACUAACUCGAUUUAACCGAGUAGUAGGCAUAACAAGUUUAUGUUAGCUCCUGGUGCGAACAUUAUGAUUAUCAUAGUUUCUAGAAAACUCGCUUAAGUUCAUAUGUUCACAUAUAACACAACGCGAUAGUAAACUCCGUCCUACUUACAUAUUAUUCUUAUACGACUUUUGAUUCUACUCUCAAUUUCGACAUUUCGCAAUUGUAACAAAUUUUAGUGCAAAAUGUGCCUUCCUGUUCUCUUUUCGAAUCUGAAGUAGGAGAAUCGAAAAAACGUGCUAUUUACUAAAUAUAUAAACCCUUUUACUUCAAUCGCGCGUAAAGAUUAUGGCGCCUCUUCACAAUCGACGAAUAAAGGCGAUUAUACGCGAGCACGAUAACGAGCUUAUUCACUUCUAGUCGCCGAUCAUCAUAUAAUCGUCAUAGUGAUCGCGGCAAUCGGUAGCUGAUAAGUCACCCAUCGCCGCGAUCAAUCGAUGCGUGCCAAAAAAACCGAUCACCGAUCGGUUUUUCGGGCACGCAUCAAAAAGAAUUCGCGAGUAGUUGCGUGAAUGUGCCUACACGAUCACCGGUCAUUCAUUCACUGGAGCACAAUGGACGGUGAGCGAGGACGUACAUACUUCGCUUCGUCACAUUCGUCGCGGAGUUGUUUUGUUUUCCUUUCAUUUACAUAGCACGAGUACGGUAGAAUGACUACUGGUUGGUCAAAUAAAGAAACAUUUCAUUUCAUAGAACUUAUCAGAACUACCCAGAAUUACGAAAUCCCAAACAUAAAUAUUGUAUACUGAAAUUCAAUGAAUGCUAGCAGCAGCUCUAAACUCCACGUCCAUCUUGAAGGACUGCCGCUCAAUAAAUGAUCACGGUGGAUCGUGUGGAUGCUUACACGAUGAUCAAAGAUUAAUCGCCGAUAGUGAAGAUUAGGCUGUACACGCACACUUUUGGUUGCACUUUUUGGUUUUUAGUUGCUUUGGGACAUAGAAGUUAAUAUUUAUAUAAUGUUGCGAUUAUUCUAAAGUAUUAGAUAUUAUAUCUCAUCACGCUGCGUGUUCUGCUACACACGUGUCACGAACGACUUCGCUGGGCAUUAUAGGCCCUAUUGCAUAAUUGUACUACCAUGACAUAAUAUUUACUGAUAUUCUGUUAACCAGGAACCUAUACCUCAAACGCAUAUAAUUACUAGGAUAAGAUAUCGACGUUUUUAAAAGUUAAUAAUAUAGCGCAUUUUUUGUAAACAUUCCGUUAAUACUUCAUGUCGGUAGCCUAUAGGCACAAUGCAGUAAUAGGACAGUAGCGUAACUCAGCGAUCUACUUGCAAUUUAUCAAUUUAUACCUACAUCGGGGCGGAGCGUUAGGGUUGCUACAUACAAAAAGAUAGACGACGCAAACGGCGCGGCGCAGCUAAUUUAACUCGGACAGCGACUAGUCUCGGCGACGCAUACGUGGCACUCAAUAGUUUUGUCGUCCCAAGAUUGCUUAGCGGCCGUGUUAAUCAUGUGUAUGUGUGUGUGCGUCGAUAGGGACGCUCUAGUAUGAUGUUAAAGUACUGUCCUAUUACUGUAUUGUGCUGUAGGCAUGCAUCAAUUAUAUUUGUAUAUAAUAUCGCCUUUUAAUUAUGUUCCUAAUAUUAUAUUGCCAUUGUUAUUAAUGUAUGAUAAUACAGAAUAUUCAUACCAUAUUUGCUGCAAGCAGUUGUAAGUAAUUAUUAGAAGUAAAUCAUUGUUUUGUAGUGGUGUAAUUUUAUAAGUACGAAAAUAUAUAUUUUAAAAAGACAUAAUACUUCCAAUUAAUUACUCAAAAAUCAAAAUUUUAAUUGGGAAACUCAGUAUUUUGUGUGUAUAUAAGGUGUUCGUUGAUUAGUGUUGCCAGUAUUUUAUUAUCUACCCUUUUCUACUAUACUAUACUCCUCGUCCACUAAAGACUUCUAUUUUGUUACUAAUCGUUAAAAUUUGAGUAUUAGAAGGACACAGGUUCUUUUCACUUGUACCCUAAAUUAGGGGCUUUUAUUCUCUCACUGUAUUUUAGAUUUAUGCCAAUAUAUUGUGUUGGGUUUGUGUUAAUUUAUAAUAAAUUUAUUUUAAGAAA